CUGUUCUCUUGAUAUCAUAUCAGUGUUCUUUUUUUAUUGCCACAAAAGUAAUGUAAAUUGUAAUGCGGAAUUGCGGAAUGCUCCUCUAGACCAGGCCCCCAUGCGAGCAAUAUGAACGAUGCGGCUUUCUCGGGCUACUACAGCGGCAUUGGCAACCAGCUGCACCCGCCCCUCCAUCAGCAGCAGCAGGCGCAGCACCAGCACCAGCACCAGCAUCCGCACCAGGAGCUGUCCCUGUCGACGCCCGUGCACGCCCUGGAGACGGACACCAAUUUCACCAGCUUCUUUGACGACGACAUCGUGACCUGCGGCUCCACAUCCUCCUCCGCCAUCUGGCUGCCGAUCCAGCUGGGCAACGGCAAUCCGAAUGGAGCUAUCAACGCAACGAACAAGGCAGCCGCGGAGGUUCCCUUUGUCCAGAUCCACACCACGGACCUGCAGCAGCAGGCUCAGCCCGAGAAGAGCUACCGCAAUGCCUUUCGCCGCAGGACGGCGGAGAUCAAGUCCGAGGAGCUGAUCAAGUCCGAACUGGCCGAGGCCGCGGCCAAGGAACGCCUGAAUGCCACGCCCACGCCACCCACACGCAACUCCAGCUGCGCCAGCGUCGAGGGCAAGGCCAUGGUGCAGGAGGUGCCGAUUCUCUUCAGGUGCCCCAACUGCCCCUUCCUCAGCCUGUGCCAGGUGAAGUCCAGCCAGCACGUGAACAACUGCUUCGGCACCAGCGCCGAGCAGCAGAGACAGUGUCCAGGCUGCCCGAACAUCUUCUAUAGCAGCGAUGCCCUCAAUGUGCACCUCAGUCUGGACCACCAGCUGGAUGACGAUGAGUGUGUGACGCUGCUGGGCGGCACUGGUGCGGGUGCCCCCGAAGUGAGCGGCACCUCCACGAAGCAGACGCUGCCUAAGAGCCGCAUCUUCAUCAAGAGCGUGGACUGCCUGCGGGAGCCCCAGCAGGACUUCCUGCCCCUGCUGCAGCAGCAGGACAGCGGGGACUCCCCAGUGACAUCCAGCAACAUUCUCGAUCUACUCGAAGAUGUGGCAGAGACACCUGGACACCUGCCACCCAGUGAGCCGGUGGCGCCGCCCUGCCAGAAGCCCAGCCAGAAGAUAUCCAUCAAGAGCGUGGACGUGCUGAGGGAGCCGGCGCUGUUGACCUUUGACUUUCAGCUGCCCAAUGGCUGCCAGGAGAUGCCUCUGCUGGCGGACAGCAAUCUCGUGGAUGCACAUCCAGUGGUGGAGACGGAGAAGCCGCGCCAGCCCAAGAUCUACAUCAGAAACGUGGAUAUCCUCAAGGAGCCGAUGCUGCUGCCCACGUCCCUGCCGCUGCCACUGCCCCUGCCCGGCAUGGGCUACAACGGAGGCGUGGCCACAACGACAGCAAUGCAGAACGGAGCAGGGGGAGUCGGAGGAGCUGCCGGCGAUGUCUUCCAGGCGGAUACGUUACUCACGCCAACGGGUCCGCUGCCAGGCUUCGAGCCCAGCCUGGCGCCACUGGCCAACAUGUGCUCUGAACCCUUUCCCUUCGACUCCGUUCUGAGUGUGGGCGGAGGUGGUGGUGGUGCCUCCACGCUGGAAAACACUCGCUUCAGUGCCUUGGACCUGGACUUUGGUGUUGAUUUUGACCAUGGCAUAGCGCCGCUGCUCACCGAAGCCACACCUCCGCCCAUGCCUAUGCCUCCGCCUCAGCCGCAGUCUCAGCCGGCAGGGCCAGCCGGACUCUCGGAACUGGAGCAGCCCGUCGAGCUGCAGCACUACCUGCCGCCGACUCCGAGCACCACGAAGCAGAAGAUCUUCAUCAAGAACGUGGACAUUCUGAAGGCGCCGCAGCGGGGAACCCUCCACCUGCGCACCGUCGACGAGCUCAACUUUAUGACCCGCAACGAGGUGGAGCGCCUGAUAGUUCCCAACCUCGAACCCAUGCCCAAAAUGGAGCCCCUGAUGGACCAACAGCAGCAGCAGCACACACACACGCACACGCAGCCACAGUCGCAGCCUCAGCCGCUGGAUUCACUGCAGCUGGAGCCGCAGAACUCUCAGACGCUAAGCGACUUCCAGGCACCUCUGAGCGGCAGCUGGCCGAGCGAGGACAGCUACGACCUGGCCGGGGAUCUAGAGUGCUGGCCCUGGAUCGAGGAGGCAGUGCAGGAGGUGAUACCGAGUGAGGCUGCGGCUGGGGCUGGGGCUGCGGCUGCGGCUGCAUCCGAGCCACAAGUGGAGAGCCUUGGCCAGUCCUCUGACGAUUUCCCCCAGUUGUAUCCCUCAACGACGGAGCCAGUGCAGAGCGGAGAAGAUGCAAUGCCACCGCUGGUGCCCGUUAGCGCCUCGGACACCACAGCAGUCGCAGGCGCUGGCUCCGGUCCGAGCAGUCUGCCUCUUCCUCCGCUGGUUCCGCUGGCUGCGGAGGCGGGAGAAAAGCCGGGACGCAUCUAUGUGGCCAACAAUCUGCUGCCUGUCGCCGUGGAUCCGCUGCCGGGUGGCACUUCGGUGCGCGGGCGUCCCUAUGGAACCAAGCUGACGGCAGGAGGCGGUGGCGGAGGCAAGCGAAAAGCUGCGCCAAGCAUCAGCCAGGUGGCCGAGGGGGGCAAGUGCCAGGUGGAGGGCUGCAUGUUCCGCUUCAAGUCGCCGACGACACUGGAGUACCAUGGACGCUGCCACAACGACGUGGUGGGCUCGUCCCAGCCGAUGGUCUGUCCGGAGUGCCGCUCCUCGGACUUCAGCAACUGGAACUGCCUGCACACGCACCUGUGGCGCACGCACCAGAUCGACAUGGAGCUCUACUGCUGCCAGCUGUGCAGCUUCAAGACGCCCAUCUACUCGCGGCUGGUCAACACGCACGCCAAGAUCCACUCCGAGGAGCGCAACUACAAGUGCGAGCAGUGCGGCAAGGGAUUCAAGAACACAAAGCAGCUGAAGAACCACCGACGACUGCACCGCACCCAGGGACUGGGCAUGGGCAAGGGUGCGCUUCCCGAUCAGGCCCCAGCCGAUGCUCCGCAGUCUGCCAUCCUGCAUCGCUGCGGCGACUGCGGGGCGGCCUUCAAGCAGCGCAAGACCCUGCGCGAACAUCUCUGCAAGGAGCGGAACGAGCAGCCGCAGUGCUCCCUCUGCCAGCGGGUCUUCAGCUCCAAGAGCAGCCUCAAGCUGCACCUGCGCAGCCACCAGGCGAACAAGCGCUUCCAGUGCGACACCUGCGAGUACGAGGCGAGCGACCACAACGCCUUCCGCAGACAUCUGGCCACGCAUCGGGAUCGCAAGCGAUACGCCUGUCCCCACUGCGACUUUCGGGCGAUACAGAGCACCGCCUUUCGGAUACAUCUGCAGAAGCGCCAUCCCGAGCAGGAGCUCUCGUCCAUUAUCUACAAGUGCGAUCAGUGCAGCUUCUCCAGCAUUAAUCAAGGCCUGCUGCUGGUUCAUCAGGUCAAGCACGAGCACGAGGCGCCGCCACCCAACCAACAGUCGCUUCCAGUAACACUGCAUGUGGCUGAGGCACUGCCUGAGGCAGUUGCUGCGGCAGUUCCAGCAACGCUUUCGACUCCAUCAUCGAUCAAGGUGGAGACCAGCCUGCUGCUCGCUCAUUCCAGUACAAAUGUUGCCAAGAUGCAGGCGGGCGUUACCCUAGCAGAUGUCCUACAAUCCUCCUAAUUCCCCAUCCCCCAACCCACUCCCUCUUCCAUUUGUAUGU